UCUUGUGCAAUGCUGCGCCGGGCCGCGCUCGCCCUUGGUGUGUAGAACGUGGCUGCAAAGUGAGCCGAGAGCUCUGGAAAUGAGAGUAACCUUCUUAACAACGGCACCACUAACCCAAUGCUGGCACCGUCAUUGUCUCUUGACGUCACGCAGCCAGUCCGGCUCUCAAACAUGUCUUUGUUAUUUCAGAGGCUUUCCAUCUAAGGGAACAGGAGUAGUUUGCAAAAACCGGAUCAGACUCACCGUGGAGCUGAUCACAGUCUUCCAGAGAAACACCGACGCCUCCGCAAGGAAUUUCUCAUUCCGGAGCUGUGAUAUUCUAGAUAUGGACAACAGGCAUAUCAAAGCCGUGGAGAAGUACCUCCAAUAAUCUCUGCAAAAUCUGCCAAAGCCUUUUGCAGGAUAGAUAGACCAACAUCCGUGUCUUCUCAAAGGUCAACAGCCCCAGGAUCAAGUAGCUGAUUAUGCUUGGCUGGUUCUGGUGGGUGGACAUGUGUUGGACAUGUCAACAACCAUCCCAAGACAGGUUUUGCAGGAAGACAGAAAAUAUUUAAGCAGAAGUACAACAUAUGCCCUUACUCAUAGGAAUCACUGUCCCAUGGCUGCUCAGUGGAGAAGGUGAAUCUGCAAAGGAUGGAAACUGGACAACCUGCACCAUUAGGAGCACAUAUCAGAAGAACAACCCUCCCAUCUUGGAAUCCACGGUGGUGCCUGACAUCGGCCGACUCUAUUCGUCUGGUGAGCUCCAAAGCAGAUACUGAUGGUGGUGGCCCACGACCCAAACCAGUGUGAGCUGGGCGGGCUAUAAAGUAGAAGAGGAGUCUCGGUCUUGGCAGUGGCAAGGACCCCGACUCGCCUGUUGCCCCAACACCGCGUGCCCAUCCGGCCUCUCCUGUGCCACGUGAGUGGAAAAGUUUAAUGGCUUACCGGUAGAAGGCAGGAAGAGAGAAUAAAGAUGAACACAGUCACUUCCAUGGAUAGACACAUCCAGCAGACAAACGAUCGGCUGCAGUGUAUAAAACAGCACCUACAGAACCCGGCAAACUUCCAGACUGCUGCCACUGAGCUGCUUGACUGGUGUGGUGACCCACGAGCGUUUCAGCGCCCUUUUGAGCAGAGUCUGAUGGGAUGCUUGACGGUUGUCAGCAGAGUAGCUGCUCAGCAAGGUUUUGACUUGGACCUGGGAUACCGGCUGCUGGCUGUAUGUGCUGCAAACAGAGACAAGUUCACACCAAAGUCUGCAGCUCUCCUGUCAUCGUGGUGUGAGGACUUGGGCCGACUCCUACUGCUUCGUCACCAGAAGAGCCGACAGAACGACACCCCUGGGAAACUGCCCAUGCAACCGCCCAUGAAUCCCAUGAACUCCAUGAAGCCCACACUCCCUCCUGGGCCUCACAGCGAUGGGUCAUUCACCUAUGACCCUGUCCCUUGGCAACAAAACACAAGUCAACCUCCAGGCUCGCUGUCUGUAGUUACAACUGUGUGGGGAGUCACCAACACGUCACAAAGCCAGCAGGUGCUGGGAAAUCCGAUGGCUAACGCAAGCAAUCCCAUGACCCCAGGGGGCAACCCGAUGGGAUCCGGCAUGUCGGGAAACAAUCCCGGGAUAAACUCGCCUCAGUUUGCCAGUCAACAGCAGCAGUUCUCGGCAGGCAAAGGCGGUUCCAACCAAGCGUACAUGCAGCAGGGCAUGUACGGUCGACCAAACUACCCUGGGAGCGGCAACUUUGGUACCAGUUACCCCGGAGGCCCCAAUGCCCCCGGCUCCAUGGGCAUUCCUCCGCACAGCAGGCCGCCGACCGACUUCACGCAGCCAGCGGCCGCAGCGGCAGCGGCAGCAGUUGCGGCCGCCGCGGCAACAGCAACGGCCACGGCAACCGCGACGGUGGCUGCCCUGCAGGAGAAGCAGAACCAGGAGAUGAACCAGUACGGACCGAUGGGUCCAGCCCAGGCCUACAACAGCCAGUUCAUCAACCAGCAGGGGGCUCGGGGACCUUCCUCCAUGCAAGGCAGCAUGAACCCAGGAGGAAUGGGAACGGGGAUGACCCCUUCCAGCAUGAGUGGGCCACCCAUGCCCAUCAGCCAACCCCGGCCGCCUGGAAUGAAUCCGGUGUUUGCCUCCCACGGCCAGCGCGUGGCUCAGCAGGGCUACCCAGGCCCCAGGCCUUCUCAGCAGAUGCCCAUGCAGGGAGUCAAACGACCGUAUCCGGGAGAGCCAAGUUACGGAGCCCAGCAGUAUGGACCAAGCAGCCAAUUCCCCAAUCAGGCUGGGCAGUACCCUGCUGCCAACUCCCAGAGACCCAUUACAUCACCCAGUUACCCAGGACAGAGGAUGCCCGGCCAGCAGAGCACAGGCCAGUACCCGCCGCCUCCUGUUAACAUGCCUCAGUAUUACAAGGCAGAGCAGUUUAACGGGCAGAACAGCAGUUUUGCUGGAAGUGGAUACACCUACAGUCAAAGUAGUCUGAAUGGGUGUCCUCUCUGUCUCUCCAUCACAAAUGCUGGGAGUGGAAAAGAAACCAAACCUCCGAGGUCCGUGGCAAGUUAUCCUCAUUCUCCUGUACCAGGAAAUCCCACUCCACCUAUGACUCCAGGAAGCAGCAUCCCGCCAUACUUGUCUCCUAACCAGGACGUAAAGCCUCCAUUCCCACCCGACAUUAAACCUAACCUGAGCUCCUUGCCACCACCACCUCCAAAUACUAAAGGGAAAGUUGACACUUUCUCUCCCUCUUUGGUCUCAGCCAACGAUGAGCUACGGCUGACCUUUCCGGUGAGAGAUGGCGUUGUGUUGGAGCCCUUCCGACUGGAGCACAACCUGGCCGUCAGCAACCACGUGUUCCAUCUACGGCAGUCAGUGCACCAGACAUUGAUGUGGAGGUCUGACUUGGAACUUCAGUUCAAAUGCUACCACCACGAAGACAGGCAGAUGAACACAAACUGGCCAGCGUCUGUCCAGGUCAGUGUGAAUGCCACACCCCUCACCAUCGAGCGAGGUGACAACAAGACCUCACACAAGCCCUUGCAUCUAAAGCACGUCUGCCAACCGGGAAGGAACACCAUCCAGAUCACAGUUACUGCCUGUUGCUGUUCGCACUUGUUCGUACUUCAGCUGGUGCACAGACCGUCAGUUCGAUCAGUUCUUCAAGGCCUGCUGAAGAAGAGGCUUCUCCCCGCUGAGCAUUGCAUCACGAAAAUAAAAAGGAACUUCAGCAGUGUGGCAGCUUCCUCGGGUGGUGCCACUUUGAAUGGGGAAGAUGGAGUGGAGCAGACGGCAAUCAAGGUGUCUCUGAAGUGUCCCAUCACUUUCCGGAGGAUUCAACUUCCAGCGAGAGGCCAUGAUUGUAAACAUGUACAGUGUUUUGAUUUGGAAUCGUACCUACAACUGAACUGUGAGAGAGGAACUUGGAGAUGUCCUGUGUGCAAUAAAACAGCACUCCUGGAAGGUCUUGAGGUUGAUCAGUACAUGUGGAGCAUCCUUUCCAAUAUACAAAACUCUGAGUUUGAAGAAGUCACCAUUGAUCCAACAUGCAGCUGGAGGCCAGUUCCACUGAAGUCUGACAUCCACAUCAAAGAUGAUCCUGAUGGUCCGCUGUCCAAGAGGUUUAAGACCAUGAGCCCUAGCCAGAUGAUUAUGCCCAAUGUCAUGGAGAUGAUAGCAGCCCUUGGUCCAGGUCCAUCACCAUACCCUUCCCUACCUCCACCACCAGGAGGCAACAGUGGCAAUGAGUAUGGCAACCCGGGUAACACUUACCCCAGCCAUGGGAACUUUGAUUUCCCACAUGGCAACCCUGCCGGUGCUUCUAUGAACGACUUCAUGCAUGGGCCCCAGUUGUCGCACCCUCCAGAUAUGCCCAACAGCCUUAUGACUCCUGACAAGCCUCUCAGCCACUCCAUGCCUGACCAGAUGCCUCAUCCUGGCAGUACUGAUCAGUCCCAUAGUUCCAUGCAGAAAGGUAUGCACGCACCUCACCCCAGCAGCCAAUCAGGGCAGCCAUUACAUCACAGUGGUCCUGCCCAGCAGCCCCGGCAGGUUGGUCCUAGCAACCAUCCACACAGUGAUCUGACCUUUCACCCGCCCUCCACCUUGGAAGGUCAGGCUGGUGGUCAGGGAGCGUCCGACAUGCCGGAACCCUCACUGGAUCUUAUUCCAGAAUUCACAAAUCCAGAUGAGCUCCUGUCGUACCUUGGCCCUCCUGACUUGCCCAGCAAUAGCAAUGAUGACCUUCUUUCUCUCUUUGAGACCAACUGAAAGCCCAUCCCUUCAUCCAUCCUCGCCAGGUAGCCGCACGAGAAGUCAAACACCCUUUUCUGCAAGAGUUCGUACACUAGAUGAAAUGGUGCACUCCAGGCUCCUUGUCCUUCCGGAAUGAUCUACUUACGCACUUCCACAGACGGAGAGCAGUGUGGGCAGAGGGGUGGGGAAGGAAGCUUCUUAGGUUGUGCUACAGGUUCACGCAUUCACCUUCAUAAAGAUAACCUUGUAGCUUUAUCAAACCAGUUUUCAGAACAAAUAGAAAGAAUUCCAGGUGUCCAGGUGCUAAAUUUGGGAAAACAACAAUGAAGAGCGGGAAGAAUUCUCCUUGUAGAUCAGUCCCCAAGAUCUUCUCCACCUACCACCACCCCCACCCUUAUCCCCAUCCAAUCUCCCUCUAAAACACCAGAAACAGGAACCUUCCACACAGCAGCUCCUGUGAGAGGAGCAGAUGAACUAAGGAGUAACAGGCAUAAAGUAUUUAGGUCAGAAUGCAACUAGAAAGCACAAUAUUGCUGACCUGGAUAUCAAAUUGGGAAAAUGUGUAAAAACAGUGAAUGGGAAGUUGUGACUUCCACACCUGACAAGUCUUCUGUACAGAGAUUUUCUCCUGUUUACUUUUUAUUUCUUUGUUCGGCAAUGCGAGGGACCGCUGACAGCCUGCAAGUGAAAUGCAAGGGAAUCCAUUCCUUGCAGUGUUUUAUUGCUGUCCUUGGGUGUUUUGCUGAUCCUUUCUGCCAAACCAGCGUCCUGUCCUUCCUGAGAGGACUGCCGACAGAUCUCUUGCAUUUGUGGCUCAGUCUUCUUCAGAUGGCACGCGGCAACGGCAGCGAUCCUUGGACAAGUUGCUGCAAGGGAUGGACUGAUGAAGCAGACGAGAUCCACUGGCAGAGCCAGGAGCCCGAACAGUCAGUGACUGAAGGCAUUGGCAACAUUUUCCUGGUUUGUGCUUUCCCUCAAAGACGGAUGCAUGAGGUCCUCUCCUUACCAGUUGGGAUUUGAAACAAUAUUGAAAUCCUCGCACCAGUGAACCUUUUCCUCUUUUGUCAUGCAAGCCACCAUUUUAUUUGCAUGAACCACCUCUUCUCUCCAGCCCUCAUUCUGUGCUGACGUACCUUUCUCAAACAGUGUUGUACAAUAGUUGUCUGACAAGAAGGAAGGAAAAAAUGGCAUGUGUGCGAGACAACCAGCCUGCAUCCAUGCAGUUGAUGCACAAUCUGACCCUUUGUUAUACCCACUAAUGAAAUGCAUAACUGCGCUCCCAAAAUCAAACAUUUUUAACCUGCGACACUAACUGUGCUGCACAUAUGCCAGUGUCAGAGGAAUUUGUUGCAUUUCCAGAUAGUUUUUCUGUCUUUUUUCAUUUUUAUUCUUAAUGAGCUGACAUUUUUUUCAACGUAAAGCUUACUGCUGGAAACUUGUUCAAUGCUUUCACCACCAAAGUCAUCUUUUGUUUGCUUUCCAAACAUUUUGCUCCUUCUCGAAGAAGAGAAUAUCUGAUCCAUUACUGCUGUAUGUGCAUAGUAAUGUAUGCUAGUUACCAGUACGCAGCUGUAGAUAUGAAGAUGAAUGACUAUUUGCCUUUGCUAGUAGCAGUAUUGAAUCUGUAAUCGUCACGUAGAAAGUUGGCAAGUAAAUAAAUACAAUUGAGGUUUUUCCCCUUUCUCAUGUAAAAGACAAUGUUCAGUAUGCAAACUGAUUACUUUAAAAUGCAAUUGUAAAUAACUUUGUGAAUAUUUUAGAAACGUCUUUGAUAACAUUCAACAUUUUCCUUGACCAGGAUUGGUUGUCUUCUCCUGUGGUUUUUAAAUUGUGGCCCUACUUUCAGCGAGCAUUCUUCCACAGAGCAGAGGAACAUCCUCCACCCCUCCCCACAAAUAGAAGUAAAGUUUACAAACUCUUUCUAGCCCUCCUAAUUCUCAAGUGAGCUCGAUUUAAGUAGAGGAAAGAACAUGUCACUAGUGCAGUAUAGUUCAUUUCUGUUAAAUGAGUGAUGUGUUUCACUUGCUGGGAUUAUUAGCAGUUUACAAUGUUUUGUUACUCAGCUUUAUGAAUUCUUUUAAACUGAAAGAGAAAUUGCGAAAUGUAAUCUCUUCAUUAGUCUUUUUAAAUGUCAAAAAUGUUUGACAGAUGACAGGCUGUGUAAUAUAAAGGUACUCAAUUUGCAGGGACUUAUACCUGUUAGAGAGAAGGAAGUGAAAAUGAUUUUAAACAUAUGACAGUCAUAUAAUUGGGUCUGAUUAUAUCAUGCAUCUAGGCAUGAAUGUUGGAUAGUUCUUGGCAUAUUGGAUGACAAUGGUUGAUAAAUAUUCCAUCCUUAUACUUUGAGACUUCAGUAUGGUUGCCCAAAAUAUUAACCGACAUCAUCCUAGAAGGUUACACGCGUAACCGUAUCAGCAGUUGGUUAUCGGUAUAACCUGACACCCUUGAGAAUCCUAUUCCCCACUCGGUGGGUUGAGUUGACCCAGCAGGAAGUGACCAUUUUCUGCCCCGUUGCUCUUGUCCUGGCUUCUGCUUGUGUGGAUAUCAUGAGACUAUUAUCUGCACCUCCCAUUUCAACUUCUCCCCAUUUUAAGGGCAGCCAGUCCCUUGGUCUGGCAAGGUACUGGUUCCAAAGUGGGAACCUGUUCAUUUGAAACAGCCUCGACAAAACACCUCUGAAAAGUGAAGAGUUUCCAAUGACUGACAAUGCACUGCCAAUGAUUUUUUUUCCUGAAAAAGAAGUUCUAACAUGUUGUAAUGUUAUUUUAAAACAAAAAAAAAGGCCGGUGAGUGAGCACUGGCAUGUUUGGUGUUGAUUUUUUUUUAAGAGCUGUUUCACACGUGUAGUCUCCAUGGUUUUACAAGUGUCACUGUGAAAACCUGGCUGGGAAGGAACCUCGGUGAUCUUUGGGCCCCUGCUCGGACUUCUGUAAGGACAAAGCAGACAGACAUACAGAGACAGAUAGCAUUGUUCUUAGCAGGGACUAAGGGACAUGUGUACAUAUGUAAAUGAUAAAGGGAGACAUGUUCAAUGUAAAGAAAAGUGCAUUCAUUUUCCUGAAAUGUGCAUUGUCUCAACCAGCUUGCAAUCCAUCAGAAGUGACUGUGUGGAAAGAGAUAUACUGUUUGUUAUCUUACGUGAAGUCUUGCCAUUCAUUCACCUCUGUAAUAUACUCUGAUCCUUCAGAUGAAACCUUUGUUUUACCUACGUGUAAUAUUUAGCUUCAGUGUAUUAUCUAGUAGAUCACCUGCAUAUUUUUAAGGUGCUACAAAAUUAAUGAAGAAAAUGAGGGGGUUAAAAAAAAAGAUUGUAACCAAAUUCAUAGUUUGUACAAUUUUUGAUAUCAUGAUCAUUCAAGAAUUCAAAAAGGGUACAAUCUCCUGUGUCACUUGCAAAUAUGGCCAUUGUUUUUUUUUCCUGUUUGUACAUUGUAUGUACAAUGCAAUCAUUUCAUACUUUAAACUGGUCAGAAAACUAAUUGUGAUUUUUAGUCUUGCAAACUGUAUGUAGUUAGAUGAUGUGACAACCUAAUAUUUAUCUAAUAAAUAUGUAUUCAG